CAAAGUUUGUAACUUCAAAACUGUUACAUGCCUUCCCGAAUUUGAAUCGCCCGCAUAUGCAUGUACCAUAACUUAUAUGGAGAACUUCCUGUUUAUCGAAAUAUUUGCCGGUUGAAUGCUCCGCAAUGAUGUUUUACAGGCGCACACAUACACACGCACACACUCACACGUCUGUGCUGCUUCUUCCUCAAUUAUAUUACCAUUCAUCGCAUGUUGGUAUCGAUUAUUGAUUGCGUGAAAAGGGCAAAGUUAUCGAUGAUUUGAAAUAAACAAAAAAAAAUACCAAUACGAGCUACGUUCACACUUGGAACUCUUUAGCUUUCAUAUUCUCUGGCACAAGCGGACAGACAAACUAUGCAUUUGAUGCUGAUCAAGAAUAUAUAUAUGCCUUAUGUGAUUGGACCCCGUUUACCCCUUUUCAGCAUAUAGGUUUACUUAAGAAUUUCUUAAACUACCUAACUAUGAGUCAUAUAGAGCGGCAUAUUUACCCGGAAAGCGCGCCAUGAGUUGAUGAUGAAUGAAAGAAAUGAAACUGAGAAACUCCAUUUCCAGAAUCUGCAUUUGUGCUAGGCACAGCGAAUCGCGGCCAUUCCGAGUGCCUUGACCCAAAUCCAGAUAGACGCAAUGCCCAAAAACAGUUGACGCAGCUGCGCCUAAACUUGAACUUUAUGGAACCGCACAGCCAGCUGUUUGGGGGUCAGAGCAGCUGGCCAGCUGGCCAGUCCAGCAACAAAAAAACUGCAGACGUUGUCGUAAACGCAGCAUAAAACGCGCCACAACCAAACGAUUGGCCAACACAAGUCGACGACGAGUCCAAGCCAGACAACAGAUUGAGAUGGGUGAGUUGUGCAGGCGGUGCAGCAGGCGGGCCAGGAACUAAUCUCCCGGUUGACUUGCAGCAUGCAACACGUGUUUAAGGGCGUCGCUGGUGAUGCUGCUGCUGGCCGUCGUGGCCUGGGAGCAGCUGGUGGCGGGCAGCAAGAUUGCCUACAAGAAGCCGCUACACGGCAAGCUGAGCUACGUGAAGGAGCAGCGCUUUAGGCAGCGCACAACCAACAGUCCGGCCACAAGCAGCACAGGGCCGGCGCCUGUGGAGUUCAUCAUCAAUAGCACGCCGCGAUCAACUAGCACGGAGAGCUUGCUGAAGCUGCAGACGGAGGCGGAGACGCAAACGGAGGCGGCGACGCAGACGCAGGCGGAGCCAGAGAGCAGCGGCAGUGGGUCUUUAAGCAGCACCACGCCCAGCAGCAAUACGGAGCUGGAGCUGGAGUCGGAGCUAGAGGCGGGCAGUAGCAGCAGCAGCAGCAGCAGCACGCCGGCGAGUCUAGACAACACGUUGCCGUUGCCGCCAACGCCUGGGGAUCAGUUGAAUCAGCCAGUGCCCUGCACCUGCGGCGUCUUCCUCUCCUCGCAGAUACAAAACGGUUUGCCGGAAACGCCGCUCAUUCACAAUGAAAUGGACCGCAUGUAUCCGUGCAAUGCGAUCGGACGCAAGCAGUGCCAGACCAAGUGUCUCGAGGCGAUUGUGCAGCAUUUGCCAAACUCGGCGAACAUUGUGUGCGCCACGCUGGGACACGAUUGCCACAAGGAGCGUGCCUACUUGUUCAUCAAGAACUGCCACAAUCAGUGGGUGAAUACGAAUCUGCAGGCGGGUCGCGAAUAUUGCUGCAAGGCGGGUUUGCCUUAUCGCUGUCCAUUGUUGGGCUGAGCUUGAAAUGAAUUCAACAAAUAAUUUCACACGUGACUACAAUA